UUUGUCAUUCGAAUGUAUUGCUAUUAUUCUCCCACGUCAAAAAUAUUUUAAAGUUAUUGCCGCACCCUGUGAUAGUAAAAUAUUAUUACUACUAGUAUUAAAAUGGGUGAUCAUUUACCAGCAUGUGUUAUCGACGUGGGUACUGGCUAUACAAAAUUGGGGUUCGCCGGUAAUAAAGAACCACAGUUUAUCAUUCCGUCAGCCAUAGCGAUAAAAGAAACUGCUAAAGUUGGUGACCAAAGUACUAGGCGUAUGACUAAGGCGGUAGAGGAUUUGGAUUUCUUUAUUGGUGACGAAGCCUUUGAAGCCACAGGCUAUUCCGUUAAAUAUCCGGUCCGUCAUGGUCUUGUGGAGGAUUGGGAUCUAAUGGAAAGGUAUAUCGAGCAAUGUAUUUUCAAGUAUUUGCGUGCAGAACCUGAAGACCAUCACUUUUUAAUUACUGAACCACCGUUAAACACUCCCGAAAACAGAGAAUAUUUAGCUGAGAUAAUGUUUGAGUCAUUCAAUGUGCCAGGUUUGUACAUAGCUGUGCAAGCUGUGCUUGCCCUUGCUGCGUCGUGGAAAUCGCGUACAUCAGCCGGACGUACUUUUACAGGAAUUGUAGUUGACAGUGGUGAUGGUGUAACUCAUAUUGUGCCUGUAGCUGAAGGAUAUGUUAUUGGGUCAUGUAUCAAACACAUUCCUAUUGCGGGUAGAAAUAUCACCUCAUUUAUUCAAUCACUUCUAAGAGAACGUGAAGUAGGUAUUCCACCAGAACAAAGCUUAGAGACAGCGAAGGCAAUCAAAGAAAGGUACAGCUAUAUCUGUCCUGACAUUGCUAAAGAGUUUGCAAAAUAUGAUUCUGAUCCUGCUAAAUGGAUGAAAAAGUAUACAGGUAUAAACGCUAUCACAAAGAAUCCAUUCUCAGUGGAUGUUGGAUAUGAAAGAUUCUUAGGACCUGAAAUUUUCUUCCAUCCUGAGUUUUCCAAUGCUGAUUUUACUGUGCCUCUAAAUGAGAUGGUAGAUGAAGUUAUUCAGAGCUGUCCCAUUGAUGUACGGAGAGGUUUAUAUGGAAAUAUUGUUUUAUCUGGAGGUUCUACAAUGUUUAGGGAUUUUGGAAGAAGACUCCAACGAGAUAUUAAAAGAACUGUUGAUGCUCGUUUGAAAUUAUCGACAAUGCUCUCAGAAGGACGCAUCACACCUAAACCUAUUGAUGUCCAAGUUAUAUCACACAACAUGCAACGUUAUGCAGUAUGGUUUGGUGGCAGUAUGUUAGGCUCAACUCCUGAAUUUUAUCAAGUGUGCCACAGUAAACAAGCAUACAUGGAGUACGGCCCAAGCAUUUGCAGGCAUAAUCCAGUUUUUGGAACCAUGACAUAAAUAUGUUAGUAUUGUCAGUAUUGAAAGUAAAUUAAUUAUGAAUUAUUAAUUUUAUAAAAUUAUUAUUUUCACUAGAUUUACAUACAUUUUAUAAGCAUAAAUAUGAACAAUAAAACUGCACAUCAUUUGAUUGUAUUCAAGUUUUUAAUAGUUUUGUCGUUAUUUUUAUUUUAUUAUUAAUAGAUAACUAUUAUUUCAAUAUUAUUUUAGCUGGACGUGGAAAAUUAAUAAGCAUUUAAUGUAUUGCAUUCCAGCUUUUUACCAAAUAUAGACUUUGAAAUA